GUCCAUCAUGCGGUCGUGGCAAGUAAUUCUGUUGAUCGGGUGCGCUACCCAAAUCCAAGCUGGUGUAUACACCCAGCGGUUUUUGGACCAGUAUGGCAAAAUACACAACUCAUCCGCUGGAUACUUCUCUCCUGUAGGAGUCCCAUACCACUCCAUCGAAACCCUAAUGGUUGAAGCACCCGAUUAUGGACACGAAACCACAUCUGAGGCUUACAGUUACUACAUCUGGCUAGAAGCCAUGUACGGUGCUAUCAGUGGUGACUUCUCCAGCUUCAACACUGCCUGGGAUGUCAUGGAAAAAUACAUGAUCCCUACACACGAAGACCAACCUACCAACAGCUUCUACAACCCAUCGAAACCCGCUACUUACGCUCCAGAGCACGACACACCCAACGAAUAUCCAGCCUGGAUGGAUACAAGUGUAGCAGUUGGUACCGACCCUAUAUCCCAGGAAUUGCAAUCUGCUUACGGUACUCCCGAUAUCUACGGCAUGCAUUGGUUGUCAGAUGUAGAUAAUAUCUACGGAUUUGGUGUCACUCCAGGAGGUGGAUGCGAAAAAGGACCUAGUGCUGCCGGCCCAUCAUACAUUAACACCUUCCAGAGAGGUCCCGAAGAAUCUGUCUGGAGAACGGUUCCUCAACCUUCCUGCGAUUCCUUCCAAUAUGGUGGUACCAAUGGUUUCUUGGAUCUCUUCACCGGUGACAACAACUACGCUAAACAGUGGAAGUUUACAAACGCUCCAGAUGCCGACGCUCGUGCCGUUCAAGCUGCUUUCUGGGCCUCCCGUUGGGCGGCCGAUGCUGGACAAACAGGAACAAUUUCCGCCACUUUGGAGAAGGCAGCUAAAAUGGGUGACUUCCUGAGGUACGCCUUGUUCGACAAAUACUUCAAGAAGAUCGGAGACUGCGUUGGUCCACAAACUUGCGCAGCCGGAACUGGCAAGGAUGCCGCUCACUAUUUGCUGUCCUGGUACUACGCCUGGGGAGGAGCCUUAGACACCAACGGCGGAUGGGCAUGGAGAAUCGGAGAUGGCGCCGCUCAUUUCGGUUACCAGAACCCAUUGGCCGCAUAUGCCUUGGCUAACGAAGCUAGCUUGAAACCAAAAGGAUCCACCGCUGUUUCUGAUUGGCAAACUUCCUUGGAAAGACAGUUGGAGUUCUACAGCUGGCUGCAAACCGAAGAAGGUGCAUUCGCUGGUGGCGCUACUAACACUUGGAAUGGCCGAUAUGAUACUCCCCCAUCCAAUUUGACUAGCAACACUUUCCACGGUAUGUUCUACGAUUGGGAACCCGUAUACCACGAUCCACCAUCCAACAGAUGGUAUGGUAUGCAGUCUUGGUCUCUAGACAGAUUGGCCCAAUACUAUUACGUAUCUGGUGAUGCUACCGCCAAAGGCCUGUUGGACAAAUGGGUGUCCUGGGUUCUUGCCAACACCAAAUUCUCCGGCAACUCCUACCAACUGCCUGCUACCCUUGAAUGGUCUGGUCUACCUGGAAACGACCUUCAUGUAAGCAUCACCGCCUACACGAAUGAUGUCGGUACUGCAGCCGGCACCGCCAGGGCCUUGGCCUACUAUGCCGCCAAAGCCAAUGCGGAGAACGCAAAAUCCGCAGCUAAGCAAUUGUUGGACAUCAUGUGGGAGAAUUUCCAGACCCAAUACGGAGUUUCCAAUGAAGAACCUCGUGAAGACUACAGCCGAUUCAACGAGCCCGUUUACGUUCCAAGUGGAUGGACUGGCACGUACCCGAACGGAGAUGUAAUUGAUUCUUCCGCAACUUUCAUCGGACUCCGAUCGUGGUACAAGAAUGACCCAGAAUGGUCCAAGGUAGAAUCUUACCUGAACGGAGGCUCCGUUCCCAGUUUUACUUACCAUCGUUUCUGGGCUCAAGCUGACAUUGCUUUGGCCAAUGGAGCUUAUGGGCUUCUCUUCAACGAAUAAAUGAUUGUCUUAUGCUGUUCCGAAUUUUACUGAACUUUAAUAAAUAUAUUUCUUCAUA